GAUACUACUAAGACCUUCAUAAUAAAUGUCUGUGCGGUGGCCAUUGCACUACAACUACUGGGGCUAUGGGGUGCCUAUAAGGAGCACUACUAUACGUGUAUAACAUAUGGUGUCUUAAUAUCACUUAUUGGUUGCGCGGCUGUACUAUCGGCCCUACAGUCCGGCUACCCUUUGGUCUGGAUCCUUACCAUUUGGUUUUUCACCAGCAGUUUCAUUGCGUUAUCAUUCGCCAGACGUAUCCGAGUCCGUAGGCUCCUGGAGCUCACUACCAUUACAUACAAUAUGGGUCAGACCCGGUUGAUACUAACCGCGGGGACUUUAGUUACGGCAUCGCUAUACCCGCCACGACCUCCCAGUUAUGUUGAGUCUGAGGCCAUGAGUACUACUUAUAAGACUACAGCACAGGGUGUAAAGGGCCGGAAGUUCCGGAACAUAAAGUAUACACUUAUGUCGUGCGCUGGCAUCGCAUUUGUGUUGACCAUCAUUAUUAUGUCCACAUCCCUGGCCGCUCUCGAUGACUAUUACAUCACGAAUACCUGGAGUACAGCUAAAGGCAUAAUAGGCACCAUAGGAGCCGUAUCCCUGGUCAUACAGCUCCUGGGUCUAUACGGGGCCCAUAAGGAGCACUACAACUUUACGAUGGCAUACGGGAUCGUCUCAGCCAUACUGGCCGGCCUGUGCAUAGUGUCGGCGCUCACUGGCAAUAGUGUGGGUGAUUGGUUCCUGAUGAUAUUUUUUGCCAUAUGUGCGAGUGUUGCCCUACAGUUUGCCCGCGAGAUCAGGCGCCUACUGAACCCACCCCUCAGUCCGAACGUCGUGUACAUGAAUAAUAACGGUCAGCCCCCGUAUGUGGUGCCCGGUGCUCAGGUUCAGUCAGGACCCAUAUAUUUGACACCAGUGACAAUACCGGGACAAACGGGUCCCGUGUAUAUUCAGUCACAAACUGGACAGGUAGUCACGUUUCCAGCACCGGGAGCGGCGUAUGUGGGGCCGGCAGAUAAUCCGCCAACUUAUAGGCAGUCUCAGGAGGAUAUUAGUAAUAUGUCUGUAAGUGCGGCACCGGGAGGUUCGGAUGGUAUUGCAAAUCAGAAUGUUGAGGAACGUAAGGUGGUGUUCCAGGCACUCAUCAUAACAGUGGGCGUGCUUUCAAUAUUAGCCCAAUUCGGUGGUCUAUGGGGCGCUUAUAAGGAUCACUACUAUAUCAGUCUGAGCUACGGUAUUGGAUCGAUACUACUGGCCGGUCUAUGCAUCGUAUCGGCAAUUGUAGGUGCCGGUGGGAUUGAUUGGCUCCUGAUCAUAUUUUUCGUAAUAUGCGGUUCACUGGGCUGUCAGCUAUCGCGAGAGAUCAAACGCACAAAUAGGAUGCCUGUGCUUAACCAGACGGUAUACAUGAACCCGGGUAUACAACCCAAUAUGGUGUAUCAGAUGCCCAAUACUGGUCAGCCCGCAUAUAUGGUACAGGGAGGUCAGGUUCAAACCGGACCCAUGUAUAUGAGUCCUACCCUGACUGCAGUUCAGACAAUGCCAGCCCAAAGUGGACAGAUAUUCGUGUCGAGUCCACAGUACCCUACAUCGCAAGUGGUAGCCUUUCCAACCCCUGGACCCUCAUAUGGAGGUUCAUCAACCUCACCGCCAACUUAUACCCAGUCACAGGAGGAUAUCAGUAGAAUGAGUGUUAAUGAACAGCCGAGUGGAGCACAGGGAGCACCGGGAGGUUCGAACAGUUACCUCAAUGAGAAUAUUGAGGAACGCAAGACUAUUCCCAAUUAA